AUGUACUAAAUAAGAUUUAUAUAGCUUUUCUAUUUCGUAAAUCACUGUUUCUGCGGUCCAGUCGAGCAAGAUGGCUGCUCCGUGUGUCCGUUUCGUUAUUGGCCUGCCAAAUCCAGGAAGAGCUGUCACUGCCGCCAGUAUCAUCACUGCCAAACGUCAUGCCAGUCAAGAUGCACCCCAGAGACCUCCAGUCGGUGGAACAGGAGCAAAGCUCGACACGCUCAAAAGGGGCACUGGGGGCAGAUCCUCCUUCAAUGGUGUUGUUGCAACUGUUUUUGGAGGCUCAGGAUUCUUAGGAGGCUUUAUUGCCAAUAGAUUAGGUAAGAUUGGCACGCAACUUAUACUGCCAUACAGAGGUGAGCUUUACAGCAUCGAGCGACUCAAGAUCUGCGGCGACCUUGGACAAGUUCUAUUUCAUUUCUUUGACCUAAGAGAUGAAAUUUCCCUGGCGAAAGCCAUGAAGUACUCCAACGUGGUCAUCAAUCUCAUUGGCAAGGAGAUCCAGACAAGGAACUUUCCCUUUGACGAAGUCCACGUGAAAGGAGCCCAGCGAAUCGCCCGCAUUGCCCGUGAGAGUGGGGUGCAGAAACUGAUCCACUUCUCUGCACUUAAUGUUGCCGAGAACCCAAAAUCUGUCAUUAAGCCUGGUGGUUCCAAGUUCUUGGCAUCAAAGUGGCUUGGCGAGCAAGUAGUCCGCGAAGAAUUUCCCGAUGCCAUUAUCUUCAGGCCCUCCGACAUGUAUGAGCACACCGACAGAUUUCUCACUUAUUACGCGAGUCCAUUCCGGCGGAACUGGAACUGGAUUCCACUGUGGAAGAGGGGGAAAGGAGUCUACAAGCAGCCGGUGUUUGUCUCUGACGUUGCGCAGGGCGUCGUGAACGCCAUCUUUGAGGAAAACAACGCGGGCGCAACCUACCAGGCUGUUGGGCCUCGUCGUUACGAGCUCGGCGAACUCGUGGACUACAUGUUCAGGAUCAUGAGACGGGAACCCAAGGAUGGCUACUUGCGUUAUGACAUGCGCUUCGACCCAUUCUUCCUGGCUAGAGUUCAAAUAAAUGAGACGUAUUCAAAGUACCCCCUGCUUUCGUGGGAGCGAUUAGAAAGGGAACACACGUCCGACGAAGUGGUAUACGAGUUUCCUACGCUAGAGGACCUGUCCGUGCCCCUGACACUCGUCGAAGAUCGCUUUCCAUACGAGCUCAAGUACUGGCGUGACCAGGCGUAUUAUGAUCCCGAUAUUGCCCAGUUUGAGCGUGUGAAGCCACCGCCAGUUGUCAUGGACUAGGUUCCAUUAGCAUGGGAUGGAGUUUAAAGUAGGCACUGUAUUCUGGUGCAGGAAAAUACAUUUUGAAGGGCGUUGUCUUCUUAAGCAUGUAGAUAGAUAAAACCGAGGUCGAGCUUCUGGAGAGGUGUAUGGUUACAGAAGGAUACAUGUCUCGUUGCAAGUUCUGCUCAUGUAAAUAAACUGAGUUUACGUGCUUACACAUGACGAUAUACAUGUGUCAAAAGUAAAAACAGUUUUCAAAUAC